CCCAUCUCCCUCCUUAUACACGGUGGUACGAGAGAGAGAGAGAGAGAGAAAUAGAACAGUCUCUUAGCACCACCACCUUCAGGUCCCUCGAAAUUUCCCAAAUCCCGGUUAGGGUUUCCCACACAUUCCGCCGCAAAUGGACGCCGACGACGAGACCUCGGGGCCGAUGAUCGACGACGAGAUCUACGCCAACGGCGACGGGGGGGAAGACGAGAAGCGCAACCGUCCCAUCAUCUCCGGCGAGCCGCUGGACGUGGAGGCCUACGCGAGCCUCUACAGCGGGCGCACUAAGAUCUCGCGGCUGCUGUUCAUCGCCGACCACAGCCGGGGCAACGAGGCGGUGGAGCUGGAGGCGCUGCGGAUGGCCUACGACGAAAUCAAGAAGGGCGAGAACACGCAGUGGUUAAGAGACGUGGCGCAGAGGAUCGAUGGGAGGUUGGGGCCGGAGUAUCAGAUGGACUUGGCUUGGUGCGAGUCUGUGGAUAGGAGAGCCGAGCAGAAAAGGGAGAAGCUUGAGAACGAGCUCAAUGCUUACAGGACAAAUCUGAUCAAAGAAAGCAUAAGAAUGGGCUACAAUGAUUUUGGAGAUUUUCAUUAUUCUCAUGGGCAACUGGGGGAUGCUUUUAAGAACUAUGUUCGUACUCGUGAUUAUUGUACUACAUCAAAGCAUAUUGUUCAUAUGUGCAUGUGUUCCAUUCUGGUCAGCAUAGAGAUGGGUCAAUUUACUCAUGUCGCAAGCUAUGUUAGCAAAGCAGAACAAACACCAGAAGCUCUGGACACAAUUACUGUUGCAAAACUUCGCUGUGCUGCUGGAUUGGCUCUCUUGGAAGCUAAGAAAUACAAGCUUGCUGCUCGUAAGUUCUUGGAAACUGGGCAUGAGUUAGGAAACCACUACAAUGAAGUCAUUGCACCUCAAGAUAUUGCAACGUAUGGUGGGCUUUGUGCACUUGCAAGUUUUGACCGAACGGAGCUGAAGAACAAAGUUAUAGACAACCUGAAUUUCCGGAACUUUUUAGAAUUGGUGCCUGAAAUAAGGGAGAUCAUCAAUGAUUUCUACUCGAGCCGUUAUGCUUCAUGCUUGGACUACCUUGAGAAUCUCAAAGCUAACUUGUUGCUGGACAUCCAUUUGCAUGACCACCUUGAAACACUCUAUGACCAGAUCCGCAACAAGGCCCUUAUACAGUACACACACCCCUUUGUGUCUGUAGAUCUAAACAUGAUGGCCAAUGCUUUCAAAACUGAUGUUGCUGGGCUGGAGAAAGAACUUGAAGCUUUGAUCACCGACAACCAAGUUCAGGCUCGUAUAGACUCUCACAACAAAAUUCUAUAUGCACGGCAUGCGGAUCAAAGGAAUGCAACUUUCCAGCGGGCCCUACAGACAGGGAAUGAGUUUGAUCGGGAUGUGAAGUCAAUGCUGCUCAGGGUAAAUCUUAUCAAGCACGAAAUCAAUCUUAAGCAAUCAAAGAAGUCCUGAAUUUAUUUUGCGGACAAUGUUUUAGUCUGGCCAACCUUGCUUGUGCACUGUUAUUUUGGCAUUUUCAUCCGCAUGGAUGACAACUAGUAUUAGCGGUGGAUUUUGCACAUUUAGAAUACCAGGGUGGGAAAAUAUGGCAACAGUUACAAUAUUAGAUGGUUGAUGUUUUGUAUAUUGACAGUUAUUUUCAUGAGUUGCAUGAUUGCUUCAAUUAUUCAGAUCA